UGUCUCAAAGGCUAAUGCAAGCUGCCCAUGGGAAGCGUUGCUGAAAUGUAAAGAUUGCUAUCCUUUACAUUUAUGACAGCGAAAAAGAGGAGUGGCUUGUUAGUUUUCUUUGGUUUCCAGUCACAUAUUGUAAUGAGCAUGUGCAGAGGGGUGGAGGAAAAAGAACUUCCCAAGUUAAGUUAUUAAAAACUGUGUUUGAAGAAUUUGGGAAAUUAUUGUCAACAUCCUAGAGAGAAAACAAUAUUAAACUAAAUGCUUAACAAAACAUUUUGUGUGUAGUAGGCUAGUAGGCCUACAGCAGUUAAUUCGAAGUUGACACUGCUUGAAGGAAUGGAGUAAUAACAUUGUCUUUAUCAUACCAAAACAGUGACGCGAAGGUGGGGUGGCACUGGAAAUUCACUUCGUCGUAAGUCACAUUUGACAGUAGUUGAAUACGGCGCAUUCGUGAGAACUUGGGAUUCGAAGGAACGAAAUUAAAUCGUACAAACGAAAGAAAUGCUGAAGUGGACUGGGUGAGAUCAAACUAAAAGUGUGCCUGGCAGCUCGCUAAAGGCGACAGGUUGAAAAAAACCUAUGAUUACCUAAACUUACUUGGCUCAUGUUGGAUAAGAAUGGCAUUGGUGAUACGCAUGUCAACAAAGUGGACGAUCUACAUACCGUGUUUAACCUUGAUAUACGUCUCCAUCGUGUCAGCGCAGGCGGCAAUAGAAGGGGAACUUUUCAAUUCUCUCCAGCAGACACAACUGGAAUGGGCAUCUUCACCAGCGAAAGCUUGGAAGAAAAUGAGAGGUGGUGCCAAAUCUGAUCACCAAGUUUAUCAAGCUUGCAUGGACAGCUUUAAAGCCACCACCAAGCAUUUGUUUACUACUUCGAUUCCCAGAAAGAAUGCUAUCAACGUAUUAUUGGAUAUAAAGUUUGCCCAGGAGAUCGAAAUGGGAUCUGCUCUGUUAAGCACACUAAAUGUAUCUCUAAAAGAACCCGGAGGAAGAAGGUUAAUUUCUAAGCUCAAGGCACCUUUGGGUUUUCCAGUGAACACCGCCAAUAUGACUGUAGUGGAGGCGUACCUCCACAGCGCGGAGGGGCUUAACGUCGGGAGGUUGUCGACGGACUUCCAGCUUGUCUUCUCUUACUCCGGUCCCUGCAUCUUCAUCCACGCUGUGAGGCUGUACUACAAGCAAUGCCCCACGUUUCAAAGCAACCUGACCGAAUUCAGGGUGGCGCCAGCCGAGUCUGGGCUCCAGAGCGGCACCUGUGUGGUCGGAUCAGUGGAGGUCACUCCUCCGCGAAGGGACUGCCGACCAGAUGGGUCGUGGGGGCCGUUGCAGGGGAUGUGUGUGUGUCCGCCAGGUCACCAGGAGGCACGAGGCUCUUGUGAAGCCUGCAGGAUUGGAACCUUCAAGCCAACCAAUGGCAGUGGAGGAUGCCACCAGUGUCCCCCAAACAGUAAGACUGAGAUGGAGGGUGCACGUCAGUGUAGCUGUGUCCAUGGAUACUCGCGGUUGCCGAGUGACCCUGUUCACCUUGGAUGCACAAAACCACCUUCAGAACCUGUCAAUCUGACACACCACCAGCUCAGCGAUUCCACCCUAGCCCUGCGCUGGGGCCCGCCCACCGACCUGGCUGGCCGACAGGAAGUGACAUACACGGUGGAGUGCUGGCAGCAAGCGAGCGAGACGAGUGGCCAGUGGGCCCCGUGUGGUAACGCCACGACUAUCCUCCCCAAGUCCAGAGACCUGACAGCCACGGCGGUCAACAUCACCGGACUUCAGCCCCAUCUAGACUACAAACUAGUUGUGAGGGCCGGUAACGCCGUGGGCUCCAGUGCUCACACCACAACCACCAUCCAAAAAUGGAAGGUUCCCAACGCUCCCUCAGUGCCAAGUCCAGAGAAGACACCGGAGAAGCAAAGGUCUCCAUCCCUUGGGCUGCUGGUUGGUGUGUUGGGUGGAGGCAUGCUGCUCAUUGUCCUAGUGCCUGUCGGAUUAAGUCUGCUGCGCAGGAAGUACAGGACUCUCAUUCCAUAUCAGGAGGAGCCUCUGUUGCCAUCGUACCCAGUGGUGACGUUCAGGCGAGAUAUGGAGGACCAGUCUAAUCCAGCAUCAUCUGAUGGUUGUGCUAGAGCUUACCCAGCUGCAGUUCAGGUUCUGGCUGGCAUGAAUGAGAGGCUGUUGUCGAGUCUGAGGGAGGUGUUGGUUGAUCGGGGAAGUCUGACUCUGGGCAAAGAGCUUGGCAAGGGGGAGUUUGGAUCUGUGUAUGAAGGGAUCUUCUGUCCCCAGGAAAGACCGCAGAUGAAGGUAGCAGUAAAAACCAUGAGAGCUGGAAUCCACUGUCAGGAGGAUCUGGAGACCUUCUUGAAAGAAGCUGAGAUCAUGAGACAUUUUGACCACGAAAAUGUGGUCAACCUGCUGGGUGUCACUCUAGAGCAGGAUGAGGAGUCUUCUAUCCCUGUGCCACUGGUGAUCCUGCCCUUCCUGAAGCACGGAGACGUGCGGCGUUUCCUCAUCGCCACUCGCUAUGGGGACAUUUCUAUGUUUGUGCCCUAUCAGAGUCUGCUGGGCUUCAUGAUUGACAUAGCUGCUGGGAUGGAAUAUCUGAGUUCAAAAGGCUUCUUGCACCGGGACCUGGCUGCACGCAACUGCAUGUUAGGGGAUGACUUGCAUGUGCGUGUGGCGGACUUUGGCCUUUCCAAGAGUGUCUACAGUGGCAACUACUACAGACAGAAAGUGGCUGUCCGUCUGCCUAUGAAGUGGAUGGCAAUGGAGAGUCUGUCAGAGUCCAUAUUCUCCACCAAGACAGAUGUGUGGUCUUUUGGAGUGACCAUGUGGGAGAUCAUGUCCCGGGGGAAGACUCCCUACCCUGGGGUUCACAACCACGAGCUCCUGACCUACCUGGAGGCCAGCCACCGGCUGAAACCACCUGUGGACUGUGACAGCAAACUAUAUGAGGUGAUGCUGAGCUGCUGGGAGAGUGACCCAGGACAGAGGCCUGGCUUUGCAGAGCUCGGUGUGAGACUUAAAGGCCUUCUGUCUGAGCUACCACCCCUGGAGGCCAGCAAGGAGGCCCACUACAUUAACAUGGGCCUGGAAGCUGCCAGCCAGGGGGGCGCAUUUGGAGUGGACCCCGAUUUGGAGGAGGCCACCAUGGGCAACGAUUACCAGCCAGGGCCUGUGGGUGCUUGCCUUCCUCCACGGGAGACAGAGCAAGAGUGUGAUGGUGGAAAAGAUGAGGCUGAAUAUUUGUUGUUUGUUAAAUGUGAUUCAGCUCCCGGGACAGAGGACUAGAAUUUUGCAUUACAAACUUUGGACUUUCUGUGCCUUACGGGUGUGAAUACUCAGGGUUAUCGUUGUUUAUAUUUCUUUGUGUAUGUGUUUAUGUAUGUACACCCAUGUGUCUGACAGAAAGGGAGCGAGAGAGAGAGAGAAAGAGAGAAAAGAGAAAUAUAUAUGCAUAUGAAAUCUAUGUAUUUUUUUUACUUAAAUGUUUUUCUAUAGAGCAAUAGAGAUCUGAUUUUAAUGCUCUGAUUAACUUUUAAGAUGUAAAUAAAACAGGUGAGAUAAUUUGUAUAUGUUGAGUCAUGUGGUCUUCAAUGAAUUUGAGUUUUAUUUAAAAUAAAUACACUUUCCUUUG